UUCCUGCUCUGCCCUUGACAUCAGAAAGCGGUAACCCUGAUGGCGACGCCUGCUGAUAUUCUGUCAACCUUCAAAAAGGAUCUAGAAAAUCUUAAAGACAAUGAUAAGUACAAAAUCAAUGCACUGACCAUCUAUGCAAGAGAUAAUAAAGAUAUUGUCGGGGUUGCUCAAAGUAUUGUCGAUAUUACUAUCAAGCAUGUUCAAAUGGUGAGUUAUUUCGUAUCUAAUCCCUUUUUGUGUCCUGUGCAUACAUGUACAGAUGAAAAAAGACCAAUAAAUGUUUUUUUCAGUUUCGAAUUUUUUGAAUCUUAUGGGUGCUGGGUUAGGCCGAAGCGAUAUCAAUUGCUUAGGUGCUUAAUCUAGCCUUCGUAUUUGCGUACAUGCUUAGCACUUCGUACGUACAUACAUCAGUUCAAGUUGCCACACCGAAUUAGCACAAAGACUCAAUUUUCAAUUGAGAUCCCAUAGUAGUUGAGGUAGUAAAAGUAUUAGCAGUAAUCGAUGUUCCUUGGGUCCAAAGAUAUUCACGAAGUACGAUCUGAUAAAAUCAACAAAUAGAUAUGACGAAAGAUCCAGAGGAUUAGGAUUUGAGAUAGGCUGAGGAUGGAUGCCCUCGCAACAUUUUAAACAGUUUAGAGCCACACCACUCAAGGUCUCUAACCCGACCGUAGCUGUUACCUUGACGUGGUGGUCGGGCUUGCCUAUUGUGAUGACCCAAUCGAGCUAUAUUGAAGAGAACGUACUUUCACUUAGGUUCUACCAUGCCAGGCAGUUUGAUUGGAGAACGGUGAAACUAAAAGCAACAAUUGAAGGUCUGAGGCUAAAGUCGUGCUGCUGACUGCUGAGGGGUGUGACAGCAGUAAGGUAUUUGCCUCGGACAACCAUUUCCUGCACUUUACAAAUUCCCCACAAAAAGGCCUCACGUAACUGGCCUCAAGCAGCUGUCCCUUGGGCUCUGCGAUCACGCUCCUAGGUCGCUCAGACCAAUGCGUAGCUGAUUUCCCUUUCAGGUCCCUCAGAAGUAUGCUUCCUCGAAUCGGACAGACUGUUUCCCAGUAGACAAUCGCUUGUGUGCUGUCCGACAAAACGAGACAGUUAAGGACUCGAAAAGAUAGGGAAACGUUCCUGCCUCCUUGUUGUCUCUGCCUACGCUCCCAGUGACUGCAGAUCGGACGAGGUUAAGUUGCUAGUUCCGCUGUAGGACUUAUUACUAUACAUACACUGACGAGGCCUUGGGAAGCUGCAGCAGAGUCUACAGGUACACGGCGUAACCAGAAUAUGUUCUUUAUCUGGACAGGACGAAGUCAAACUAAUGGUCCUACUUGGAUACUGUAUAUGCGUUUCGGAGACGCAGCAUACUUCGAUUUGCACGGGAUUCCAGUCUUAGCUAAGGAAGCUUGUUGCCCUACUUGACACAAGGUUAGAACAUUAAAAGCUCCAACAUGUAGUUUAGAGUAUGGUUUCAGGAGACCAGGAAUGACAUAACUUGAAUCGUUUGCAUUAGUGGCGCUUGGCGACAAAGGAACGAAAGAAGGGUUGGUCAUGGAUGUAAGAGAGUUAUUAGGUCAGUGGCACGACUUGUACUCAGACCGUUCUUCAAUCAACCUGCCUGGUAUGUUAGAACCUAAGGAAACAUAAGUUCCCUUGAAUAUAGCUCGGUUGGGUCAUCACAAUAGGCAAGCCCGACGACCACGUCAAGGUAGCAGCUACGGUCGGGAGCCUUCGUAUGCGACAUAUCCAUUGCUAAUCGUGUAGAAUUUCAUGAGAUGCACACUGAUUAGGUGUCGCUGUAGGUUUAAUGAAAAAUGCGUUGUUUUUGGAAUACGGUUAUCAAAUUUUUCAUUACAGAUACCGGCAGGACUGAAGCUACUUGGUUUGUACGUAAUCGACUCGAUAGUUAAAAAUGUAGGCACACCCUACAGAAAGUUGUAUACUUUGGAUAUUGUUGAUGCUUUUGUGCAUUCCUUUCAAUCGAUACGCGAUGAGAAGGGGCGGCUGAAACUAUACAAUCUAAGAACAACGUGGAAAGAUAUUUUUCCUAAUUCUAGGAUGUACGAACUUGAUAUUCGAGUGCGUGAGCAUGAUCCAGCUUGGCCUCUCUUAGCCAGCCCUCCUGAAGCAAAAGCUGCGUUUAGAUCCUUACCAAAUGUCCCAAAAAUACAAACUAAAGUGGAACCUGUAGUAGUCGAUGUUAAGCAAGAAGCGAAGGAGGCUUCGCUGACAACUAAGACCGUUAUCUCAGCUUCACGUGACCCGCGGCUCAAUAGAAAACGAAAGUCACCUCAGGAACCCCUUUCUUCUUCUGAUGAGUAUCUUAUCGACCGUUCAGGAGAUCAGAACAUGGAAUCAGUUGCUCGUAAACAAGGUAAACAGGCAGAUGCCAGUGAGUCGUCUAAGAAGGUCAUGUUGUUUGGGGGUGAGGACUGUGAUAUGCGUUCACAAAAUUCAGUACCCGCUUCUCCUGCUAGAUCAUCAGGUUGGUCAGAUUACAUUGGAAAGCACAGCGAAAUUUGCUCUCGACGUGAAGCCAAAGACAUAGAUAUGCGUUUUGCUCCGUCAGAUCCUCCACUUGCCUGCUCUCCUAGCUUUGGUGUCUCUGAGAAGGUAUCGAAAGCACCAUUAGAUGUACUAGUCACUAACAAACUAAAUUCUGUACCAACGAUUCCUCCUGCACCGAGGUACGAUACGUCAGAUGAACGCCUUCCACCGACUGAAUUACAAUCUGGGAAAAUUUUUGGUAAUUCCAAUCCAGAUACGAAAUUACGCCCCGAUGUUUUGAAAUCUGAAAACAUCCCACCCCGAUACUCCAAAGUGGAUAAUUUUGUCCCAAUGAAGGAACAUCAUCUGCCACCUCGCAUUACCGAUUUCGCCAGAGAUAGACCACAGUUACCUUCAUCUUUUCAGCCAACUACGGUCCCACCCAUUCGUGGGCCACCAAUUCGCGGUCCCGUGUGGAGUGUUGAGAUCAAUGGAUUUCCAGACAUGGUUAAUAUAGGUGUCGAUCCUCGAAUGCUAAGUCUUGUAACUCAUCCCAAGCCACCGAGACGAAUAACCAUUGAUGGUCAACAGUUUACACUAUUAUUAGAUAGAGUUCAACCAUUGAUAGCAAUAGGAGACCGCAUACAUGCUGUACGAUUCCGUUGUGAGUUUGCCACUAUUGUCAUUGAUGGUCGCUGUUUUAACAUUCCUGGCACAGGUUUUACCAGGGUUUCUAUUGGACCCAGAUUCUAUGUCGCAUACCUAGGUGGUCCUGGUCAUGAACUGGUUAUCGACGGCCGUCCACACACUGUCCCUACAACGUCUCAUCUAACCUUCAUAAAUGUUGGUCUUCAUUCAGUAGGCGUAAAAUUUGUUGGAAACGUGCCAAGAAAUGUCAAUGUCUUACCACCUAUCCCUCCCCGUCUACUCAAAUGGGCAGGUCAAGGUUUAUUUGGUUCACCUAAGAACCUGUUUAUGGCACCACUCAACCCGAUUAAGGAGCUCGCACGUCUCGUUGAACACGGAUACAAUUCAAGAAAUAAUUUUGUAAACAGACCUGUAGGCAAUGGAAAGCGACCAUCACCUAUGCGUCUUACAGAU